GCGGCGGUAGGCAGCAGGUCUUUGGUUUGCAUCACGAAUGCAACACCAACACAAACAACAAUACCUCAGCCUCUGCUCUUUAGUUUUGGGAAGGCGAUACCAGUCGUGUGGUAUUCAAUCGAACUACAAUAUAUGUAUUCAAUAUGUUUAGGAUUCCUAGUAAGCGGUUCUUUAUCUGUCAGCGUGUCUGCAGACAGAUUAUGCGGACAGAGACAGCAGACCUCAGUGUGCAGAGACCUCAGUGCAACACACUGGCGAGCUGUUCGUUUGUUCGUCCUCUGAAUGAAGGUCUGCUGAAUCAUGAACGUUGGAGUCCUCAGCGGUCAGAGGAAUCCUUGCUUAGGCGUGUUCCUAGAGAUCUGUGGAAGAGAAAUGUACACGUGACAUUGCCAACCCUGGAAGAACAGUCCGCUGUGCAGAAAAGGGACUUCUCGGAGGCGGUGUACGAGAAGCUGGCCGACGAGACGCUGGACGCUCUGGUGGAUUUCUUCGAGGACCUGUCGGAUGAGCCCUUCACCGGGGAAGACUACGAUGUUGAAUUCUCUAGUGGUGUGUUGACGGUGAAGAUAGGUGACCAUGGGACCUAUGUCAUCAACAAGCAGACUCCUAACAAACAGAUCUGGCUCUCAUCUCCCACCAGUGGACCCAAGCGCUACGACUGGACCGGAGCUUGCUGGAUGUAGACACGCGAUGGUGUCACACUCCACCAGCUUCUCUCCAAAGAGUUCUCGGCCAUCUUUAAAUUGAACAUGGAUUUGUCCACACUGCUUCAUUCGUGACAACUCUCGGUUUCACUCUCUGCCCCACUCCCAGCAGCCCCUAAAAACACUCUUACACUGAGUAUCAAAAAAUGCAAUUGCUUCAUUUCGGGGGAUACACCUGAUAUUUCAGGACCAAAAAUGUGAUUGGACCUGAAAUAUCAGUCAUGUAUGGGUAAUUAUGGCUGGUGCCUACUGUAGUGCUGAUGGCAAGGUUGUGAUGGUUCAUUGAAGUUAAAUAUGUAAGAAUAUGAGGGGAAUAUUCAUCAUUUUUAAAAUAAGAAUGGAAAAUGCUACUAUGUUACUGUAUCUGUUUUUGUCUUCUCUGAUGAAAUAUUUAUUAAACUGUUUUGCAGGACAUGUAGGUAAGUUGAAUAUUUUCAGCAUAGCAUAUUUAAACAUAUAAACAUAUUUGCUUUGUCUCUGUUAAGGCAGCACAUUUUGAAAGUCUGGGCUUGUGAGUAAAAAUAACUGCACCUUUUAUCUGUAAGGGUAUCUAUUUAUCUUUGUAUGAACUAUACGGCCAUGGAUAUUAUAUUACAUAGACGAUUUUUUAUUGAGAUAUUGGCUUUAUAUUAUCAUAAUGUUAUAUAUUUUAUGUCAAAUGUAUUAUCAUUUUUCAUUAAAGAUGUAUUGUGAAGACUUAA